UAGAGCUAUUUUUGCCAUGUAUUGUUAAAUUGGAUAUAAACUUUAAAUUUGGUUUAAACUAUCGUUUAGAAAUUGUUUAGUGAAAUUGAAAGAUCAACUUGAUGACGUUUUUUGAGCGAUUUUGAACUUCUUAUAUGUGAUAAUUUGAUAGCUUGUAUAGACACUCCACCAAUUCUCUCACGUGAGGCAACAAUGGAAGAAGAUAAAAGCCAGGACCAUGAUCUACUAUCUACAACAUGGCUUCCCCCUCAGGCAUCCGAGCAUGAGGAGAAUGGUGAUGAGCUUAUGGGCGUUGAAAAUGGUGAAGAUAAUUUAAACAGCGUUGAUCCAUAUAUCGGAAUGGAGUUCUCUACUCAUGAGGAAGCUUAUAAUUUCUACAAUGCAUACGCCAGACUUAAGGGAUUUGGUGUUCGCAAGGGUCACACAGCUUGGUCGAGAAAGAAAGAUACAAUCCUAUCUAGAAUAUCUGUAUGUGACAAAGAAGGCUUUAAAUCUUUAAAAGAUAAAAGAGAAGAUGGUCGGAAUGUAAUUCAAAAGUGUAUGUGA